AUGCCCGCAACUGACGAUCGCGCGGCGGACACCUCCUGGCUCCACGUCAGCAACACCAUCGUGUACUUCCUCGCGUUCUGUAUCAACGUCCUUGUCAACUCGGGUGCCGUAUUUCGUACUGUACGUUCAGUUGACCGGCAGUUCGGACCCGUACUCACACCUGCCGGAUGGUCGUACUACAUCCGAGAUCUGACGCUUUUCUUAUGGGGUCUAGGAGUGACGUGUCAGAGCUUGGUGGAGCACAAGGGCUGGAAAGACGGACUCGUGGCGUGCAUUGGCUACUCCUGUUUUCCCCCCCCCCCAACUCCCCGCCCGCGCCACCCCCGCCGCCUACUGACCCGGGUGGCAGUGCUGGUUCCGGAGCUGCAGAGGGAACUGCUGGCGGCGGGGUUUCGGGGUGUGCCCCCCCUGGCCUACCUAAUCUACGUGUACCCAACUUCCCUGGCGUGUGGCUGGCUGCUGGUGCACCAAUGCCAUGUCACCGCGCUGGCAACUGGCCUGGUGACGAGCUCGCAUCAGGCGGCGCUCAACGUUGGUUGUGUGACGUUGGUGCUGGCGACUGCAUUGGCGCUCCUGCUGCUGGUUCGCCUCCGCGACGUGGUGUUUGGACUUGCCUUUACCUGGGGCUGCGUGGCGGUGUGGGUGGCUGGGUUCACCACCCAGGAGGAUUACCGCCCGGACCAGCUGGUGGCCUUCUUCUGCGGCCUGGUCAUGGGAAUGUUGACGUACUGCGUAGCGGCAGGGCCGCAGGUCAGGAUGGCGUGGGGGGGAUGGACGGCGGCGGUGACGGCGCCGGCAGCGGCUCUGCCGCCGCCACCGCCGCCGCCGGCACCGGCAGCGGCUCCGCCGUCGCCUUUGGCUGCUACUGGUGGUAUGACAUCCGGAGCAAUACCAGCAACGAACAACUAA